ACAGCCGUGACACUGACAGAGAUCUGGGACACCAGUGAGAGAGAGAGAGAGAGAGAGAGAGGACAGAUCACAGUUUACAACCGGAGAGUAAUAGAUUAGAAUGAUGCAACAAUGUAUUGGAAUCUGGCAAUGAUGGAUUGGAACAAUACAACACUGGAUCUGAAUCUAAGAACAAAUGAAUGGAAUGUUACAACAACAGAUUGGAAUGUUUUGUCAAUGGUUGAAAAUGUGAGAACAGUCGAUGGGAAUGGGAAAACAUUGGGAAGGGGUUUCAUUGAGAUGUUGAAUUCUCUUUCUGCUACUUUUGAUCGGAAGCCACUGAAAAUCCGCAUUCUAAUGGUCCUUCGGAUUGUGCAAUUCAUUUAUUAUCCAAUUCUCGCAAUUGUUGCUGUGCCUGCCAACGUAAUAACAAUUGUGAUCCUGUCCCAGGAAAAGUGUGGUCUCUCCCGAUGUGUCUCUCACUACCUGGUAGCCAUGGCAAUAGCAGAUCUCCUAGUCAUUAUCUUUGAGCUCAUAUUGCGACACAUUCCAUUUGUCUAUUUGGAAGAGCAUCAUUUCUUAGAAGGUAUCCCUGUGUGUAAUAUCCACGCUGUCCUGCUAUAUGCAGCCACUGACUGUUCUGUCUGGUUCACCGUCACUUUCACCUUUGAUCGAUUUGUUGCUAUUUGUUGCCCAAAUCUGAGAAGUAAAUAUUGCAAAGUGAAAACAACAGCCAUGGUUCUGGCAACAGUGACUGGAUUGAGCUGUGUGAAGAACAUUUUUUGGUAUUUUCUGUUUACUCAUCGAUAUUAUAUCAGGAGCAGACCCUGGUUUUGUUGGGUGAAAAAUGAACUGAAAUUUUCUCCAGUCUGGGGAGCAAUUGAGUUCUGUCAUUACGUCCUAACACCAGGAGUUGCCUUUAUUCUCAUUCUGCUUUUCAAUGUUUUAACGGUUAGACACAUUGCAGUGACCAGCAGAUCCCGCAGGAGACUCCAUCAGCAGAGCAACAGAAAGAGUGCCAAAGACCCAGUGUUGAAGAGUCGAAAGAAUUCCAUCAUUUUAUUGUUUCUUAUCUCAGGGAAUUUCAUUCUAUUGUGGUCAGUAUCAAUGGUGUAUUCCAUCAAUUGGAGAAUGAAACAUUUGGGAUAUGAGUCAGUCUAUCUGCCUCUGUUUGUAAUGGAUCUGGGCUACAUGCUGCAGAUGCUGAGUUGCUGCACAAACACUGUGAUUUAUGUCAUCACGCAUCCUAAGUUCAGAGAGCAUUGGAAGAAUAUUGUGCACUAUCCCUUUAGGUUCAGUAACAGACAUACGACUCAUGAGUGAACACAACAUAAGGAAAUGUCGUCUAGUUUGUGGGUGAUAAACACGGUACUGACCUUUGACUUUUAAACAGAGACAGUAGGAACUGCUGAUGCUGAAGAAUCUGAGAUAACACGGUGUGAAGCCGGAUGAACACAGCAGGCCAAGCAGCAUUAGAGGGGCAGGAAAGCUUGACAUUUCGGGUCAGGACCCUUCUUCACACUGUGUUAUCUCACUAUCUACUUAGGUGACCACUUUCAGGGAGCUAUAAAUUUGAACUCCAAGAAGCCUCUGUACAUCAAUACUGUUCAGGACUCUGUCAUUAACUGGAGAGUUUUCCUUCACAUUUGAUCUCCCAAAGUACAGCACCUCACACUUACAUGGAUUAAACACCACCUGCCAUUUCUCUGCCCAUUUCUGCAACUAACAACCUCCCACACUAUCCAAAAUUUCACCAAUCUGUUCUUCCCUUCAUAGAUGAUGCCAGACCUGCUGAACUUUUCCAGCAAUUUUGUUUAUGUUCACCAUCGUUGUCUCAUCCACCAACUUACAUACCCACGCACCUUCAUCGACAUCAUAAACAGCAGAGGACCCAGGACACAUGCGUACAGAACACCGUUAGUCAUAGAGCGUCCAGCCUGAAAAACAACCCUCCACCAUUCCCUGAUGAAGGGUCACUGGAUCCGAAACAUUAACUCUGAUUAUUUUCUUCACAGAUGCUGUGAGACCCUCUGACCUUUUCCAAAAGCUUCUGUUUCUUUUCCUCCACAAAUUCGCAAUCCACGUGGCCAAGUCACCGUGGAUCCCAUGCAUCUGUACCUUCUGGGUGAGCGUACCAUGAGGGACUUUGUUGAAAGCCUCACUAAAAUCCAUGUAGACAAUAUACACUGCUCUACCUUCAUCAAUCACCUUUGUCACCUCCUCGCAAAAUUCAACCAAGUUAACAAGACAUGACAUGCAUUGCAGAAAGCCAUGCUGACCGUCCCUAACAGGCCAUGAUUUUCCAAAUGCGUGUAAAUCCUAUCCUAAGAAUUAUCUCCAAGAGCUUCCAAACCACCGACGUGAGACUCACCGGUCUGUAUAUUCCUGGAUUAUCCCUAUUUGCCUUGAACAGAGGAACAACAUUAAUUUCCUCACCAGUCCUUUGGGACCUCUCCAGUGGCUAGCGAGGACAUAAAGAUCUUGGUCAAGGCCCCAGCAAUCUCCGCUUUAAACUCUCUCAACAACUUGGGGUCGAUGCCAUCGGGACUGGAGACUUAUCCACCUGAAUACUCUUCAAUAGCCCGAACAUCUAUUCUUCCAUCAUCUCAAAAUGCCCAAGCAUAUUAGCAUGAUCCACACAAAGCUCACUAUCAUAGAAUCCCCACAUUGUGGAAACAGGCCCUUUGGCCCAACAAGUCCACAACAAACCAUAAAGAAUCCCACCCAGAUCUACCUCCCUGUCACUCACCUAACCUACAUGUCCCUGUGCUCUAUGGGCAAUUUAGCAUGGCCAAUCCAUCUCGUCUGCACAUCAUUGGGCUGUGGGAGAAACACUCAGAGGAAAGACACACUGACAGUGGAAGAAUGUGCAAACUACACACCGACAUUCACCUGGGGUGGAAUCAAACCUGGGCCCCUGGUGCUGUGAGGCAGCAGUGGUAACCAAUGAACCACCGUGCCUCACUGCCCUCCAUAUCCUUCUCCUGCAUGAAGUUCUCAUUUAUGUUAUCACCACAUCAUCUACCUCGCAGCACAAGUUCCCUUCUUUACCCUUUAGUGGCCCUACCUUCUCCCGAGUUAUAUUUUUUGUAAUGAAUGUAUAGAGUGCCUCAGCAUUCCACUUCAACUUCUGCAGAGAUCCUGUCAGGGACACUAGAUUGCUCCCUGAGCUCCGACAUCAGGCAGGAGGAGCACACCCUUUACACUAAGAAAAAGAAUCUUACAUUGCUCGCCUGGUUCACUGAAGCCCAGUAUUCACCUGAGGCUGCACUAAUACAAACUUAACUGAAAAUGUGAUCUUUACAAACUGACGUGGUACCCUUUGGGCUGCAACUAGGUUCCUGACAGCCUGUCUCAAUAUCUCUCUCCACUUCCUUUUGGUUUCAGGAGGGAACGAUGGAAACACAAAGGAAUGUUUGGGACUUACCAGGACUUGACACCGGGUUCUUCCUUCACUCCAUUGAUCAAUUAUGGUGACUGUGCUAACGUCUCCCAGCAAGCUUCUCAUCGAAGUCCCUCUAGUAUCCUCUAUUGCCAUCUUCCGUCUGUAUCUCUUUCUGUCUGUCUCUCACUCUCUCUGUCUCUCUCUAUCUCUCUCGUGCAACCUCUCUCUCCAUUGAUGCUGUAACACAGACUGACUUCUCUCUCAGACAAUCUCCGUUCUUGUUUCAGAUUUCAAGGAUAUGUGGAUUUCAUUUUUUCCAUCAAGCGGGACAUUCUGGCUGCGUCAAAUGACAAACCCAGCCCUUCCUUAACUGUGAGCACAGUGGGUGACUCAGAGCUUGGGUGCCUGAGUUCUUCUCAGUUGUUGGCUCGUGGUAGGAAAAGGACAGAUUUGGGUUAAAAGGACGUUGUCACGGCCAAAUGAAAGGGACCAGGUGGACGGGCAGUGGGUGAAGACUCGUGAUAAGUUCACCCCUGGUGUUACCCAGACUCCCGUUUAACAGCAAUCGUUUGUGGUGCCACAAACUUCUCUGCUGCUGCUGCUGCUAUUUUCCUGUGAGAGGCUGUCCCCAACAACAGUGUCCAAAAUAAUUUACUUUUUUGAGAGGGGCAGAGCCACAGAAGACUCAUGUACUGCCUGACAACCUCUCCUGGUGGUCACCCAUUCACCUGCCUGAACCUGUGUAAUACUGAUGCCAUUAACCGUCACCCUGCCAAUUUAACACUUUCACCCCAGGACCAGUCUUAUCCUUAUUUGUAACUAUCUUAAAACUUGUGGAAUUAUGAUCAUUGCUCGAAAAUGCCUCCCCACUGAAACUUUGCUCAUGCCUCAAGACAAAGUCCAGCACUGCCCCUCCCCUAGUUGUAUGAUCUAUAUAGAACAUAGAACAGCACAGCAUAGUACUGUCCUUCGGCCCAGGAUGUACCAAACUUUUACCCCAAGCAUAAGGUCUACUUAACCUCCACACCUUCCCAAUACGAUCAUCCACAUGCCUAUUUAAUAGCUGCUUAAAUGCCCCUAUUGAGGCCGACUCCACUACCCGCUCUGGCAAUGCAUUCCAUACCCCUACCACUCUCUGAGUAAAGAACCUGUCUCUGACAUCUCCCCUGUAUCUACCUGCACUCACUUUAAAAGGAUACCCCCUCGUAAUAGCUACCUCCACUCUAAGAAAAUGCCUCUGGCUGUCCCCUGUAUCUUUUCCUCCGAUCAUUUUGUACACCUUUAUCAAGUCACCUCUCAUCUUUCAUCAUUCUAACGAGAAAGGCUCUAGCUGUCUCAACCCUUCCUCGUAAGACCUUCCCUCCAUUCCAGGUAACAUCCUGGUGAAUCUCAUCUGCACCUUUUCCAAUGUUUCCACUUCUUUCUUGUAAUGAAGCCAACAGAACUGGACACAAUACUCCAGAUGUGGCCGAACCAGGGUUUUGUAUAGCUGGAACGUAAUUUCACAGCUCUUCACCUCAAUUACUCUGUUAAUGGAAGCUAAAACACCACACACCUUCUUAACAACUCUAUCCAACUGGGUGGCAGCUUUCCUGGUAUUGUUCCAAGAAUCGUUCCUGGCUGCACCAAACAAAUUCUACCCCAUCUAAGAACCUGGCACUAGGGACGUCACCUUAAAUCUUGGUGAAAGCGUCACUCCAGUGAAAGGCUGCAGAAUUCUGACAGACCCUUUGGCACACAUCAUCAAGGUGCCAAGUGCUGUAAUGGAGUUAACUGUAUUCCCCGGCAGCCACCAGUGCUCUGUUGAUGACUGUCACGGAGGAAUGCGUGGUUUACUGAGUCUGCCUGAAUUCAUGUUUUAUUCAAACCAUUGCCUCAAGGCACAAGCUCAGAGGCUACCAGACCCUUUUAUUCAAAUGGGAGAAGACGAGAGGAUUCUUUUUUGUCAAUAUCACUGAGAUUUCAGUGCCAAGCUGUAUGCGUAGCUGGAUUGCAGAUCAUCUGACAAAUUUGGAGAAAUGUAACAGCACAUCAUAAGCAUUCCAGUUUAUAAAGCAGCUACUCAGCACACUGUCUUUCCCCAUGGCAAACAAGCCGUUUCAUAGUGGCAACAAGGUGCAGAACUGAAUGAAAACAGCAGGUCAACAGCAUCAGAGGAGCAGGAAAACUGAUGUUUCGGGUCAAGACCCUUCGUCUUUAAAUGGGGGAGGGGAAGGGGAUUCUGAAAUAAAUUUCAAGGGGGAGGCGGAUAGAAGGUGGACAAAGGAGAAGAUAGAUGGAGAGGAAACAGACAGGUCAAAGAGGUGAAGGUGGAGCCAGUAAAGGUAAGUGUAGGUGGGGAAUUAGGGAGGGAAUAGAUCAGCCCAGGGAGAACGGACAGGUCAAGGAAGUGGGAUGUUGCUGGAAGGUAGAAGGUGGGGGUGGGGCUUGCAGUGGGUUGAGUGGAUAGGUGGGAGGAAGGACAGGUUAGAGAGGCGGGGAUGAGCUGGGCCAGCUUUGGGAUGCGGCUGAGGAAGGGGUGAUUUUGAAGCAUGUGAAGUCCACAUUGAUACCAUUGGGCUGCAGGGUUCCCAAGUGAAAUAUGAGAUUCUGUUCCUGCAAAACUCAGGCAACAUUGGUGCGAGUGGUCCCUCCGGAAAGCAGAUCAGGGUGGGGAAAAUGUCUUCGGUAUUGGAGUCAGACUGCAGAUGGUGGAGUGCCAGAAGAUGAUGCAUUGGAUCUGGAGGUUGGUGAGGUGGUACGUGAGGGUGAGGGUGAUUCUCUUUUGUUGUUAUUGCAUGUAGUGGGUGUGAGGGAUGAGUUGCGGGAAAUGCAAGAGAUACGGUCAAGGGAGCUUUCAAACACUGUGGAGGGGAAGUUGUGGCCCUUUUGAAACAGGAUUUCUGGGAUGUCAGGGAGUGAAAUGCCUCAUCUCAGGAGCAGAUGCAGCAGAGGCAAAGGAAUUGGGAAUAGGGGAUGGCACUUUUGCAGGAAGGUGGGUGAGAGGAGGUGUAUUCUAGUUAGAUGUGAGAAUCGGUAGGCUUGAAAUGGAUAUCGGUUUCCAGGCGGUUGCCUGAGAUGAAAACAGAGAGGUCAAGGAAGGAGAGAGAGGUAUCAGAGAUGGUCCAGGUGAACUUAAGGUUGGGGUGGAAGGUGUUAGUGAAGUGAAUGAACUGUUUGAGUUUCCUGUGGGAGCACGUGACUGCACUGAUGCAGUCAUGGAUGUAACGGAGGAAGAGGUGGUAGAUAGGGCCAGUGCAGCUUCAGAAGAGGGAUUGUUCCACGUAUCCUACAAAGAGGCAGGUAGACUGAACCCAUGCAGGUACCCAUGGCCACCCCCUUUGUCUGUAGGAAGUGGGAGGAAUUGAAGGAGAAGUUGUGAAAGGUGAGGACAAGUUCAGCUAAGCAGAUGAGGGUGUCAAUGGAAGGAGACUGGUCCAUAUCAUAGUGGUGUUCCUGAGCUGUGUCAUAAAGCCAUACAAAGCAAAAAAGGCCCUUCAGUCCAUCAAGUCUGCCCUGACACCAUUAACA